AUGGUAAUUGGGUUCUUGAAAAAAUAUAUCUUCACCAGAUAUAGCACAUCGCGGGCAAUAAUCAGUGAUAGGGGUAAACAUUUUUGCAAUCGCCAAUUUGAGCAAUUAUUGAGUAAAUAUGGGGUUAAAAAUCGAGUUACAACCCCAUAUCAUCCACAAACCUGCGGGCAAGUCGAAGUGUCCAAUCGGCAACUGAAGAGAAUAUUAGAGGUAACAGUAAAUUCAUCCCGAAAAGACUUGUUAAAAAAGUUGGACUUUUGGACAUACAGGAUAGCAUUCAAGACACCGAUAGGCAUGUCUCCAUUCUGCCUAGUCUUUGGAAAAGCAUGCCACCUUCCAUUAGAAAUAAAACAUCGGACAUACUGGGCUAUGAAACAAUUGAACAUGGAUUUGAAAACCGCCGGUGAAAAGCGUUUAUUGCAACUCAAUGAGUUAGAUGAAUUAAGAAUGGAAGCAUAUAAAAACUCGAAGCUUAUCAAAGAACGCACCAAAAGUUGGCAUGAUCUACACAUUCAGAGAUAA